AUGAAUUCCUGCCUCAGCUCAUUUGUCUUAUCCCCAAUUCCAGACUUUUGGGUAAUAAUACCAAUAUCUACUAUUAUUCUCGUCGUGUUCCCUAACUGGGCCGUGGAUCAUACUCAGAAUGCUUCGUCGCAGUCAUAAGAAAUCCAAAAAAGGAUGCUUGCAAUGCAAACGACGUCAUGUAAAGUGCGAUGAAGGCCGCCCAACAUGUCUCCUCUGCACAAUGUCAAAACGAGACUGCAGUUUCGCCUCCGAGCCCCAACCACCCCAAAACCAAAACUCUUCAACAUCAGACCUAUCCUCUCGUGAAGGAUCCCUCCUCAGCCCCGACACCAAUCUUAGGUCAAUCAGCGCAACAUCACUAUCUGAAACUACUUGCUCUACCAGCCAUGAGCCGUCUUUCGAUAGCGUUGUCAACAUGGAGCACAUGGAACUUUUCGUUCAUAUGGUGACCAACAAAGAUCUUUUUAGUCUUGGUGAUAGGGUUGAAGACUUUCAAGAAACAUUUGACAUCUGUAUCAAAGAGAGCGUCAAGGCGCCGUAUCUUUUGCAUCAGGUGUUGGCGUUUUCUGCUCGUCACCUUGCGGCUCUUCAUCCUGAGCGCUCGGCGAAAUAUCAGCACCAAGCUGUGAAUUUACAGACACGGGCUGUCUCACUGUUCAAUUCGACGAAACGGGAGGUCGAUUCGACUAAUUGUGUUGCCAUUCUUUUGUUCUCGGUAACACUUGGUCAUCACCUCCUCGCCGACGCCCUGGCUACUCGAAGUCCCGACGGCCUUGAUGGAUUCCUCGCUCAUUAUGUUCAAUGCGUCGAGAUGAACCGCGGUUUAUUUCGCCUCACACUCUCUGCUUGGCCUUUACUAUUGAACACAGAGCUUGAACCAGUUCUAUCAUGGAGUAGUCAACAAUCAUCCAAAGACCCCAUCGGGAACCACUGCCAACCUAUUAUCCAACUCAUCAAUGACUCAACUGCCUUGACAAGCGAAGAAAAAGGAGUCUGCCAAGAAGCAAUACAAUAUCUCCAACUUGGUUUCGAUGCCAUGUUUGAAGAGGACGAUGACAGUCGAUAUCGCAUGAUAUUCCAGUGGACGAUGCUUGCGUCUCCAGAGUUGACAAGCUUGCUAGCUACAAAACGACCUGAAGCUCUGAUUCUACUGGGUUACUAUGCCUUGUUAUUGCAUUACGGACGAAGUCUUUGGCAGGUUGGAGAUACAGGGGUGUGUUUGCUAGGUCUCAUCGUAGACUAUCUUGCACCAGAGUGGCAUCUUUGGCUCGAGUAUCCACGAAGAAUGAUGAGACAUAAUUGAGGUUGUACAUCCAUUCUCAAUAUAAGCUGGUCUAUGCAACCAUGAGUGGGUACAUGCCCAGCUGACAGAUCUCCACAUACUAGUCUACACCAUACCUCAACAGGAAGAUCCACACAACUUCAGCUAAAAAAGUUUUACGAGAAAAAAGAAGAAAAAAGAAUGAGGCACACCGGAUUUGAACCGAUAACCUUCAGGAAUCUCCGUGCUUAUUAGCUGGAAUCUGACGCGCUACCGUUGCGCCAGCGCCCCAUUGUGUGAUGGACUCCAGCUCUACAAACAGUCAUCAUGGUAGAAUCGACUCACGCUGUCAGACAGGUUCAAGCUAUG